UGAAAAUAAAAGCAAAGUAGGAAAUUAAAAAAAUAUUCAGUAUUAUUAAUCUCUUAAUUCAAUACAUCCAAAAUACAGCUUGAAAGCACUACAGCUUCUUUUAUUUAGCUUGCAGAGCAGUGUUAAAAUACAAAAAAAUAGUUGCGCUGGGCAUUCUACUCCUCUUGGUUGCUGCCCCAGAUUCGAAAGAACACAUUCAUCAUCGUCAAGACAACUUCACGGAAUGUUUACAUGCAACUCCAUGCAAAGUGGAAUGUUCAGUGAACUUCUCAGUCUAAUUUCAGACAUCAAAGAGAACAGCUGCAAAAUAUGAAGCUCCUAAAACUGUUGUGCUGCUUUUGCCCACCGGUGCCUACUGAGCAGGAAGAGAUGGGUGACGUGGGCAUGUCAAGGGCCCAGGCUGUGGGCAAGAAGAAAGCCAACCCCAGCAAGAAGAAGAUGAGGAAAGAGGCCAAGAGGUUGAAGCACCAGAUGAAUGAUAUGAAGAAAAAAGAAGUCAUGAUGGAUAUGGAAAAGCCUAUGGAUAUGGUCGAAGUAGCUAAGGAGGCAGCCGAUGCAGGCUCAAAGGCCCUACAGCAGCCAACAACUACCACCAACCUGACUACUGGGGCUGAAGAGCCGGUGGAGAGAGUGACCCAGGAAACCACUCUGGAUCAUAGUGAGACGGUUGGGACCAGUAGUGUAAGCUCCCCCUUCAACCCAUGUGAUCUAUUAGCCGCUCUGAACUCUGUGGCCAGCACUGAUGGUGACAUAGUGGCUUUGCUGGAUCACCUGAAAGCGGCCAAUAUGACACACAUGGCUGUUGAGAGCAGACUUCAACUGCGACAGCCCGCUGCUCGCGUCAAUGUGGACAGACCUGGAGUGCGCCAGCCUGCUGCUCGUGUCAGCGUGGACAGAGAGAGUCCCAUGGGGGGAAAGCCUGCCCUUCGCCAGCCCACACCUCGCCUCAGACUGGACACUGGGCCUGAGAGGAUGAUCCCGAAAGAGACCUUGGAAGCCAUCUCGGAUAAUCCUCAGGCAGAUGGGUCCAUGGUGAAUGGUGGCCAAUGCUCUACUCCAGCAGUGGACGCUCCCCAUUCAGCAGUGGCAGAGGCCGUGAUUGCUCAUCCCUGUGUGUCAAACCAAAGCCAGUCAGACCUCAGCAAAGACAGAGCGCAGCUGGCCGAGUGCAGCAGUGAGAGGUGCCCAUCUCCAGAUCUUUGUGAACAUCAUGGCCUGCAGCAGCCAGAGAUGGGAUUGACUGCCGCUGUUACUGGAGAGAUGUCAGCUGGAGGAGGAGCGGAGGAUGAAGCUGAGGAGCAGGCCUGAUGGACAUCUAAAUUCACACACACACAAAUUAUAUCUAAACACACAAACACAUGCACACACAUAUUACAAAACAGCCCUACUAAAAGUUUUAUUUUAUUAAA